AUGGCUACCACUGCCCCCAACCAUGGGAUUCUUACCCAACGGUUUCUAACCGGACGACAUCUUCCGUCGCCGGCCCCGCCGUUAGUUAACUUUGCACUGCUUCAAUUUCGCCCCUCGACUUCACCUCUGAUAUACACGCACAAGAAUUAUACUCCCCUAAGAAGAAGAUUCAACUCCCGCAACGAUGUGUCGUCGUCCCUUUCAUCUUCUUCUUCUCCACGUAAAACUCGAUUCACUCCAACGACAAGGCUUUUUGUUAGCGGGCUCUCAUUUAGGACCACUGAGGAGAGCCUGAGAAAUGCGUUCAAGAACUUUGGUGAACCUGUGGAAGUUAACUUGGUGAUGGAUAAAACGGCAAAUAGGCCGAGAGGCUUUGCGUUCUUAAGUUACGCAACAGAGGAAGAGUCUAAGAAAGCUAUUGAAGGAAUGCAUGGCAAGUUUCUGGAUGGCCGAGUUAUAUUUGUUGAGAUUGCUAAAUCUAGAGCCGAGCUUCGUCAAGAAUUCGAGCAGAAAUUGUAG